GCGGCGUUGAAUGUGAGUGAAGGUCUGAAACAUAAGGUUAGAGUGUGAAAUUCAAAAAGUGGCUUGGUUUCGUUCACUGUUAAUCUUUCAAUACCAUAUACCCAAAUUCACUUUCAUGCAUCGCCUGUACAGGGUGCAAACACGGCAAUGCAUGUCAAAUUCUUUGCCUACGCUUUCACAGGCGUCACUUUGUCAAGGGAAUAAACUAGCAUCAGCGUUUUCCUACACAACCCGGAAUUCACCAUGCCUGGAAAUGACAUCUUCCAUUGUUCGACCGACCUCAGGAACGUCUAGAAUGCCGUGGGCAGUGUCAGUAGAUUCUCAUAGAUAUGGACGCAAAUGUCUUUUGUCGACGUCGACGAGAUUCUCGGUGCAGAACACUCGCAAGCCAUCGAACAAGUAUCAGCAAAGACAAGAAGCAACUGACGAUAUAAAGCGAAGAACACUGGCCAACCUGUUUCGAGCCAUAACAAAAGAAGACAGCGCGGAACGGAAAGAAAAGUUCAAAAAGGCAGCACGCCUUUGCUAUGAGCUCAGAGAUAAAAGUCUAACUCUUCAACUGCUGGAUCAGAUGGAAGUGGUUAAUUGCCCACCAGACGACGACACCUUGAGGUUCAUGCUAAUGGUUGCUGCACCAAAUGGAGAUGUACUGUUUCAAUCGCAAGUGUUGUCACGAGUUGGUGGUAUGGCUAGAUUGAACUCGGGCGAACUUUACGAUGCCUUGAUACAGGCCAUGUGCUAUAACUUGGAGUUGGAACGCAUCUUAGAUAAUUUGGACGAGAUGGAGAAGAAGGGUGUAACACCAAUCCGCACUAGCUAUAUCUCGGUAUUAGAACUUGCUCUCAAGUUUGAAGAUGCCUCUACUUCCAUGUUUAUCCUCAACGAAUUAGAAAAGCAUAACAUGAUCACCGAGGAAUAUCAAAAUAUAUACCUUAAAGUGUUAAGGUGCGCAGCAUUAGCCGAGGAAUUGAAAAUCGCCAUUCAUUGCUGGGACAAAGGUGUGAAGGAAUUUCAGCUAACGCCAGACCACGGAACGAUGACAUACCUUAUGCUUUUAUCCGCCAAAUUGGGUAGCCCAAGGCUAGGAAGCCAAGUGCUCGAGGAAAUGGGGAACAACGGCUUGGCGUACUCUGAGCAUCAUCUUGCCGCCUUACUCCAGGCUUUUUCAAUGUCUGGUGACCUCAAAGGCGCAUUUAGCAUGCUGCAAAUUAUGGACUCGGCCGGAAUAUCCACUCGAAAAGAAACAGCAUUGCCUAUUCUUCAUCAACUUGGAACCAACGUCGCAUCCAUCGAAAAGGCUAUAUAUUUACUAAAGGAGCUACACACUGAAGGCAAAGGCGUGCAUGUCGCAGGAUUCAAUAGUGUGCUAUAUGCUGCAGCCAAAGCAAAGCGACUUGAUUUGGUGAAAGAAACGUUUUCCCUCGUUAGUCUGUUUGGCAUCAAGGCUGACAUUGACACCUAUAACUGCUUAUUGGAUGCCAGUAUCUUUUCAACGGAUUGGGAGUAUGGAAACCAUGUAUGGGAUCUCAUAAAGCACGCAAAGGUCAAGCCAAACAGCACAAGCUAUAGCAAAAUGGUUGUCCUUUGCUGCACCCAAGAUGACUACGAAGACUGCUUCCGAUAUCUGGAGGAAAUGAAAUAUUUCAAGUACGUGCCACUAAGGGGCUGCUACCAGAUUCUGAUAAAGAAAUUAGCCAGUGCGAGGGAUGAUCGAGUGCAUAUCGCUAUCGAAGACAUGCGGGCGUCGGGAUAUGAAGUUCCCCCAGCCAUCAGCGCCUUGGUUGCCCCGACAUCCACUGAUGAUGUCCAACAGGGUAGCGGUAUAGCGCUAGUGAAUAAAGGCUCUACCGCUUCUCAGUAGCGUGGGCACUCGAUGGGACAUCUUUUUAUGUAAACGAAUAUUAGACAGCAACUGUAAUUACGACGAUAAUGGAUGUGGACUCACAUACACGCGCACUCAUGU